AUGUUUGUAAUUGGUUGCUUCAUCGGCCGAUAUUUCACUCCAACGUGGCACAAGUUGGCAGACCUUUUGAAUGUGUAUGGACGGAUAUUUCCUAAGCCAUCGACCGCGGAUAUUUGGAGAGAUGAUGCAUUCUUUGGAAGGCAGAGAUUGGUUGGGGUAAAUCCGUUCGUCAUUGAACGCUGUACCGAAAUACCAAAAAAAAUGAAAGAUAACAUUGACAGUAGGAGGGCUUCCCUGGAGAGAGUAUUGCAACAGACAUCUAAUGUGGAGGAUUACACUCUGGAUACAGCCAUCCGAGAUAACAGACUUUUCAUCGUGAAUUAUAAAAUUCUGGAUGGGAUGUAUGAUCAAUUCGGAGUCUGUGCUCCUAUUGCGCUGUUCCUUGUGGAUUCUAACAAUGAAUUGAUGCCUGUCGCCAUACAGUUACAGCAAGACGGGAGAAAUAACCCGAUGUUCUUGCCCGGAGACCGAAGCUGGUUGAUGGCAAAGCUGUGGUUCAACCACGCAGACAGUUCAUUUCAGGAAUCAUUUUCACACCUAGGUGUUACUCAUCUGUUAAUGGAGAGUGUAGCUGUGGUUACACACCGGAACCUCAUUCAGACCCAUCCGAUUUUUCAAGUACUGGCUCCACAUUUCCAUUACCUUCUGGCUAUCAACACUGAAGCAAGAGAAUAUCUGAUCUCAAAUAAUGGAUUAGUUGACCAGACGUUAUCAAUCGGCAGAAAUGGAAUGAUGGAGAUCAUCAGAAGAAGAUUGGCGGAUUGGAGGAUGGACACUGGCGGAAUACUACCGGCAGAUCUUGAAAACAGAGGGGUAACAGGCGAUGGUAUCCUACCUAACUACUAUUACCGUGAUGACGCACUUCUUGUCUAUGGGGCUAUCAACGAUUAUGUCACGGCGUAUGUCGGACUUCACUAUAAUGAUGAUGGCAAUAAUGGCCUACCCCAAGUCAUUGAUGAUCCACAAAUACAGGCCUGGGUGUCGGCGAUCAUUUCUGAAAGGCAAAUUGAAGGCGGUGGUUGCGGAAUACAGGGACUUCCGUUGAAUGAUAAUCUCCAUAUAGCUACAAAUGAGCAGCUGAUUCAAAUCCUGACCUGUAUCAUAUACAUGUGUAGCGUGAGUCACGCGGUCACCAAUUUCCCACAGUACGAGCAGUACGGCUUCCAGCCAGCCUAUCCUGUUGGCAUGAGAGGGGCGCCGCCUCAGGACCCGAACGCCGCGCUGAAUAGCGGAGACAUCAUCAGAGCCAUUCCAUCCAAAUUCACCUGCCUAUUGGAAAUGGUUAUAAUGAAAUUCCUGAGUACAAGGAAUACCAACCUUCUGGGUGAUUUCGACAAUUUUACAUUUCCUGGUGACAGAACCGUACAAAAUCAGUUCAAACAAGAUUUGCAAGGAGUUGUUGGAUUAGUCGAUCAACGGAACAGAGGGAGAAUAUACCCUUACCUGUGGGCAAGUCCUGAAAAAAUCCCAAAUGCAAUCAGCAUUUAGACCAAACAACAUCUUGUCUUCUACCAACAUCUAGACCCAUCAACAUCUUGAAUUCUAUCAAAAUGUAAACCCAACAACAUUUUGUCUUCUAUCAACAUUUAGACCCAACAACAUCCUGACUUUUAUCAGCAUCUAGACUCUGCAAAACGCUGAAUUCCAUCUGACUCCGAUCAAGGACAAAUAACUAAAAUUUCUCCAGUAAGGCACAGUUACAUCGUAUGUAUUUCCGCCAGGUUGUUUACUCACAGACGAACUAGAUGGUCAACAGCAUAUCAACUUACCUAAGACUAUUGUCAAAUACUGAUGAUGGAAAUACAAUUUACAUGAGUGUUUGGAACAAUGAAAAUUGAUUUGUUACUUAGUAAUCGCUAAUAUACAAGUCCCUCAACAUAUUACGUAGGUCGUAAAGAUCAAAAUUAAAUAGUUAUAUUAGUGUAUUCAAAAAUUUCCUUCAUUUAAAUAUCACUAAGAAUUUUCAGAAAAUUGAAAUGCAGAAAAACUACUUGUAUAAACAUAUUAGAUUUUGAACUAGAAAAUAAUGUGAUAUAGCUACACAAAUAAUGGUCUAUAAGAAGUGUUCUGAUACAGUAAACCUUUGUAAAAAUGGGGUGUAUAAUUAGUGAAAUUAGUUACUAAUUGUAAGUGAAUAUAUAAAAGAAUGCGGUGUUGCAUGUAAUUAUGUGUUUUUUAUCAUUAUAAUUUUUUAUGUUAUCUCUCAUAUCUUUAUGCAGAGUUGAAGUAUACAAUUUUAUUGAUUGACAUGUAUAUUAUAUAUUUUUUAGAUGUAAAUAAUACUUGACUUGUGGUAUACCUGUCGCUUAUCCUUUAGACAGAGGGCAUGGAGUAGGUCUAUAUUUCCCCUUAAGGCUAGCCAUUGUUGACUUAACUUCGAAGCUGACCUAUUUUAAAAGGGUUGUGUUAUUUUCCAAACCAUGCAGACAAUGAGCUUUAAGCGGUUUAGACUUGAAGAAAUACAAUUCGAGUUUUUAUUGUAAUUGUUGUUUCGUUUUAUGAAAAAAAGACAGAUACAAGAAAACCUGGUUUAAGAUAUAACAACCCGAAAAAUAUUUAGUAGUUAAUGUUUUACUGCAGUGUCUAUGAAGUUAACAUUUCUUUAACAUUUUAUAUUUUAUAUUUUAAAUCAUUAUUAAAUGUGAAUAUAUAUAUUUUUUUUGGAAUGUCUCCAAAAUAUUAUUUAUAAAAUAAAUCAAGGGUUUAUAUACUACAUCUAUUUGGUUAAAAAAGUUUUAACAUUCUACUGAUAACCAUGCUGUAAUUUUACAUUAUACUGUUAACCAUGUUAUUAUUUUACAUAAUACUGUUAAUUAUAUAACCAUGCUGUAAUUUUACAUAUUGAUAACUUGCUGUAAUAUUACACUAUAUUGUUAAUAAUACUGUAUUUUUUUUUUACAUUAUACUGUUAGCCAUGCUAUAAUUUAACAUUCUACUGAGAACCAUGCUGUAAUAUUAGAUUAUACAGAGAACCAUGCUGUAAUAUAACAUUAUACAGAGAACCAUGCUGUAAUUUAACAUUCUACUGAGAACCAUGCUGUAAUAUUAGAUUAUACAGAGAACCAUGCUGUAAUAUAACAUUAUACAGAGAACCAUGCUGUAAUUUAACAUUCUACUGAGAACCAUGCUGUAAUAUUAGAUUAUACAGAGAACCAUGAAGUAAUGUUAUAUUAUACUGUUAACCAUACUGUAAUAUUACAUUAUACUGAGAACCAUGAUGUAAUGUUAUAUUAUACUGUUAACCAUACUGUAAUAUUACAUUAUACUGAGAACCAUGAUGUAAUGUUAUAUUAUACUGUUAACCAUACUGUAAUUUUACAAUAUACUGAUCACUAUGCUGUUAUUUUACAAGAAACAUGUCUGGGUCAAAAGCUGUUCAAACAGAGAAUAUUUUAAGGGUUUGGGUUAAAGAAAAAAGUCUUUAAAAAGAGGUUUAAAAGAAGUAAAUGCUGUAGACAGUUUUCUCAAAAGUCGUCAAGAUUCCUGAAAAUAACAUGAACAUCCAGGAAUGCACAAUUGUCUUCCUAUUUUACCAAAUAUUCCAGCAUUUAUCAAAAAUAGUAGCUGAGAUAACCAUGCUUGUAUACGUACUUCAUUCAUGAAUGAGUGCACCAGUACUAGUAUGCCUUUCCGAAUCAAUAAGCAGAGAAUUUGUGAAAUACUGUAUUCUUCUGAUGAGUAAAGUUGAUUUAGUAUUUCAUACACUGAUAUAAUUACAGUUAACCAAUCAAACCUGGCCAUGAAUUAUAUAUACCUUAAUAUUUAAACGGCCAGUCCAUUGUCAAUGUCAGCUAAUUUUGGACCGGCAAUAUGACCUAGAAUAUUAAAAUGUUACUUCGGAGACUUGUCUGUAAUCAAAAUUUUAGAUAUACUAGUUACGUCGAAUGAACAUGUACGUAUGGAAACUAUAAGGUUUACGUUGCAAACAUAUGGUUUAUUGAUAUACUUGAUUCUUGAGGUAAAAUGUUUCACAUAUAAAGUUGUAAAAAUGGUAUCAAAUAUGCAAAGUAUUUUUGAGGUGUGCGUUUUCCUGGUAUCAUUUAUGUUUCCUUUGUUUUUAUUUGCAUGCUGCUAUUUUUUAAUGGUCGUUGACGUCUUAAUCAUGCUUAUUGAUUUUGAAAACUGUAGUGCUGUGUGCGUGGUAAUGUUUAUAUUACAUUUUCUUAUCGUGUAGGGUUAUUAAAAGUGACUAAAACAUAACGACAAGAAAAAAUCGAAUUUUGGAAAAACUCUAGUUCUUGCUGACAAACUUAAUAAUGUACAAGGAACGUAAAAAUAUACAACGAAAGUUUAGAUAUGAUUAAUCAAUAUUGUCGUCUCAUUAUCAUUUAGCAAAGACAAGAAAUAUAUAGUGAGUGUUUCGGUACGUGCGUCCGUCAGUCCGUAGAGAACAUUUUCUUACAAGAAUAUUAACGAGCCAUAAUUAUAUAUAAUCUGCAUCUAAUUAGAUUUCGGCGGUCAUCAGUCAAUGUUCUUGGGUCAAACCCUUAAUUGUAAUGCCACGUUAUUGACCUGUUUGUUGUCAUCAAUCAAGGAUAAAGAGUCAAAGGUCACGCACAAUAAAACAUACAAUGUUUUUAUAGUAAAAGUUUAUAUGUAGUUAGUUGGAGGAGAAUUGAUUUUGAUAUCAAAGUUAUUUGAGUCAUAUUUUAUUUAUGUAAAAUAAUGUUUUUUAUAACUAUUCCAAGCUUUAUGGAUACAUAUGUACAUUUUUGUAUAUACAUUUCUGUCAGUGGCUUUCUUGUGAUAUCGCCAAUAAACAAUGUAACUUAAA